CCUGAUUUGGUCCAGGCUGAUGGAACCAUUAAAGAAGAUGCUGCCGCUGCGGUCACUGCGCUACAGAUGACACACUGCCUCGAAUAUUGUCAUGUUAUAUAGGUUAGACAGCGACGGUGUGAUUUCAAUCGCCGGGUCACUCUUCCUAUCCGUACACCCACAUACACAGCAACAGCAGCAGCAGCAGCAGCAGCAGCAGCAGCAGAGUUUCUCAGAAAUGGUGAAAGGAGGGGGCAUUCUUGUGUGCAUCCUGAUCAUAGGCCUGGAUAUUGCAGCCGGGAUUCUUGGCCUGGAAGCUGAGGUCGAGCAAAACAAGGAGAGGCACAUGAGGCUGUGGAUAUUCGAGUGCAAAGAGCCGAGCCCGGAGGCGUUCAAGCUCGGUUUUGGCGCGGCGGUAUUCCUCGCCUUAGCCCAUGUCAUCGCCAAUCUGCUCGGCGGCUGCUACAACUGUAUCUGCACCCAAGACGAGCUCCAGAAGGCCUCCCCCAAUCGCCAGCUCACCAUAGCCUGCCUUGUCUUCACCUGGAUCAUACUGGCGAUCGGCCUAUCCCUGUUGGUCAUCGGUACACUGGCGAACCGCAAGUCCAGAGGCUCCUGCGGUAUCUCGCACCACCACUUCCUCUCCAUCGGGGGCAUCGUCUGCUUCGUACACGGCCUCUUCUCCGUCGCUUACUACGUCUCCGCCACCGCCACCUAAGGCUAAUGCGUAGCUGGGUCGUGAGUCCAGAUAACUUAGGUCUGCAGAUGGUUCACUGACGUUGUUCUGUUCCCCAAUGCUUCACUUCCUAUGUAAUCCAUGUUCUCCCCUUCGUUCUUCUUGCCGUUUUAGGUUCUUUGGUGUGUGCAAUUUUCCUCUUCUUCUUCUUCCUCCUUUUUUCCGGUUCUUGUUUUGAGCUAUGCUUAUGGAUGUAGAUGAGUGACCAAUGUACUGGUAGAAUCUUUAUGUGGACAGACCGACUUAACUCA